UUGAGCCAAGCUAAACCUGUUAGGAGCUUAUUUGAUUUGAUUUGAUUUGAUUUGAUUUUCUAUCCAUUUUUAAGUUACCGGAGUCGGGAGCUGAGCGCAUCGGCAACUGCAAGAGUUUUUCAUCCUCAAGGUGAAAUCCACUUAAGGCAAUGUCAUCUGCUGCAUUUUCAACAUGUACAUUGCAUGAGACUCUGCGAGAUCAUGAACUCAUGUGCAAUAAACCAAGUUGCUUCCCUAAGCAUUCAGUUCAUUUCAAGACAAAUCACAUAUAUGGUGACCCUUAUAACUGGAUGACCUGGCGCCAACCCAGAAGGCUCAAGUGCAGGGCACUAGAUAUUGAAAGGAACCGUAGUUUCUUGAAAGGGGACAUGUUUCAACUUGAUGAUGUGAUUGAAGCACAGCAGUUUGAUAGGGAGAUUCUGAGUGCUAUAUUUGAAGUGGCACGUGAAAUGGAAGCAAUUGAGAAGAAGUCACGUGGAAACCAGAUUUUAAAAGGUUAUCUAAUGGCUACUCUUUUUUAUGAGCCUUCAACAAGGACCAGGCUUUCAUUUGAAUCAGCAAUGAAACGGUUGGGUGGGGAAGUUUUGACUACAGAAAAUGCAAGAGAGUUUUCAUCUGCUGCAAAAGGAGAGACACUCGAAGAUACAAUAAGAACAGUUGAAGGGUAUUCAGACAUAAUUGUGAUGAGGCAUUUUGAAAGUGGUGCUGCUAAAAGAGCAGCCAUGACAGCUAACAUUCCUGUUAUUAAUGCUGGUGAUGGACCAGGGCAGCAUCCUACUCAGGCUCUUCUUGAUGUGUACACUAUCGAAAGAGAGAUUGGAAAAUUGGAUGGAAUAAAAGUUGGACUGGUUGGUGAUCUUGCAAAUGGGAGAACUGUUCGUUCCCUUGCAUAUCUUCUAGCCAAAUACAAUGAUGUCAAGAUCUACUUUGUUUCCCCAGAUGUUGUAAAGAUGAAGGAUGACAUUAAGGAGUACUUGACAUCAAAGGGGGUUGAAUGGGAAGAAAGUGUGAAUCUAAAGGAGGUGGCAUCGGAAUGUGAUGUGGUGUAUCAAACUAGGAUUCAAAAAGAACGGUUUGGGGAGAGGAUUGAUCUUUAUGAGGAAGCUCGUGGAAAGUACAUUGUCGAUUCUCAUAUUUUGAGUGCUAUGCAAAACCAUGCAGUUGUCAUGCAUCCUCUCCCAAGGCUUGAUGAGAUAAGAGUGGAAGUAGAUGGAGACCCGAGAGCUGCUUACUUUAGACAAGCCAAAAAUGGACUCUUCAUUCGAAUGGCUUUGUUGAAGCUCUUACUUCUUGGUUGGUGAUUAUCUUGUCAUGAUUGGAUUUGUUUUUCAACAAAGUUGCAAUAAAUGUUCUUGUUGUUUUUGGUCUUAUAACCUUACAUAUCAAAAUUGAAGUUCCAUUUGUGGUAAUCCGACUUAGUUUUGUGAUUAUAAACUUAUAGCAUCAAC